AUGGUGGGACCAUCGCAAUAUAAUAGUUACCUUGUGAAUGAUUCCAUGGUUCAACAAGAGCAAUCUUUACAGAUCAACCAUACGAACUCACCAAUGUCAGAUCAUAUUAAUGGUUUUGAGAAUGCUUUAAGGCAGAAGUUGAAUAAACUUCCAGCUUUGGUGCGAGGAAAUGAAAGAAUUCUGAGCUCGGCAUAUCUCAUGCUAUCUACCUUUAUUUGCGCAUCAUGGCCUUCUAUGAAAACUUGGCAUUGUGCUACUAAAGCUCACCUACCUUUAACUAAGCUCAUCACAUAUCAUGUCAAUCCUACAGCAGCUACAUACGCUGAACUUAUCACAAAUGGAGCUUGGGUACCGACGAAGUUGCAAAUGUCUAUUCCACAUCCGGCGGUAAUAGAUUGGGUACCAUUCCCAUCAGUACGAGAUAAACUUAUACUUUGUCACUCAACCAAUCCUUGCCUUGAUGAAAUUGUUUGCGAAGUUGGAGAGAGUUAUGUGGUGGAAGCUGAUAUAUCCAAACUUGUGAUGGGGGUUAGUUCUGCGAAAGGAUAUAUAGGUGUUUGGGAUCUCGUUCGAUCUAUCUCACCAGAAGCAGUAAAUGCAUCAUCAGCAUUUUCAAACGAAAAUAAUAUACCAUGGGAUGAGCUUUGUCGAUCUAUUUUCGAACUUAGCAAGCAAAUGCGAGAAGGCAAAAUUCUUCACGGUAUUACCAUGGAACCUCUUGCGACAUUACCAGCAUCGAAUGUCGCUGCUCUAUUCGGCUCAAAGCAAUUAGCACUUUCAACUUUCGUAGCUUUGGGAAUGGAUCUAGGAGUGGCUCAAUAUAAGUUAGAUCCGUUAUUUUUUGAAAGGCAUCCAGAACUUUAUGAUGGUAGCGCAGCUGGUAUAGUAGCAAGUGGCGUGCAUAUAAGACCACCCGAACAUUUACGAAUCCAACAGCCGAGUUUAUUGAAUGAGGGGGUUUUGAAUACUUAUAGGAAUUUGGCUAUAUGGGCAUUAGACGAGGGAAUUUGA